AUGAACCUGCUCUGGGCCCUGUUACUUGUGCUCCUCUGUCACGGGCAGCUCUUGCCAUGGCUCAGGACUGUGGAAGAGCCAAGCUUAGAUGAGUUCUACAGUGAAUCUCAGGCAAAGAUGUUUCUGCAGUUCUAUGAGCAAACAGCCCGCGUUGUAUUGAACGAGCUCAUGGAGGCCACUUGGAGCUAUGUCACCAACAUCACCAAGCGAAAUCAAGAGAACAUGCUGCAGAAGGAGGCAGAGAGGUCUCAGUUCAUGCUGUACUUUGGUAUUCGGGCCCGCAUGUUCAGGAUGGACCAUUUCCUGAACCCAGAUGUGAAGCGCAUGCUGAGUAAGCUGCAGAACAUAGACAAGUCGGCCUUGCCCACGAAGGAUCUCCUAGAGUACAACAGACUUCUGACCUACAUGGAGACAGCAUAUAAUAGUGCUGAGGUGUGCCUGGACGAGGGUCCCUGCUUGCCUAUGGAGCCUGACCUCGAAGAAAUCAUGGCCACCUCCAGGGACCAGAAGGAGCUGCUGUGGGCCUGGCAGGGUUGGCGGGAUGCCGUUGGUCGGCAACUCCGCCCUAUCUUCGAGGACUACGUACAUCUCAGCAACAAGGUUGCACACUAUAAUGGGUAUGAAGACAUGGGGGCUUUAUGGCGAUCUAAGUAUGAGUCCGAUACCCUGGAGGAAGACUUGGAGCAGCUCUAUAAAGAGCUGCAGCCUCUCUACCUGAACCUGCAUGCCUACGUGCGCCGCUCACUGCACCGCUACUAUGGGCCUGAGCUCAUUGACCUGCGGGGGCCCAUCCCUGCCCACCUCCUGGGGAACAUGUGGGCUCAGUCCUGGGACAAUAUCCUAGAUCUGGUCCUGCCCUAUCCAAAUAAACCUCCUGAGGACAUCACAAGGAUCAUGAAGAGCCAGCACUGGAGGCCUGAAAAAAUGUUUGAAGAGGCUAACUUAUUCUUCACCUCUAUGGGAAUGUUGUCCGCCCCGUCUGAUUUCUGGAUAAAGUCUAUGAUGGAGAAGCCAGUUGAUGGGCGGGAGGUGGAGUGCCACACCUCAUCCUGGAACUUCUACAAGUUUAAUGACUUCAGGGUAAAGAAGUGCACCGAGGUGACCGUAGAAGACCUGCUGUCCAUCUUCCACCAGAUGGGUCAUAUCCAGUACUUCUUGCAGUACCAGAACCUCUCUGUAAUCUACCAAGAAGGUGCCAGCCCAGCCUUUGAAGAGGCCGUGGGUUCGAUGAUCAGCCUCUCAGCCUCCUCCCACAAGCACCUGCUCUCCAGAGGUCUGCUCAGCCAACAGCACCAGGAUUCAGAGGAAGAGGUCAACUUCCUGUUGGGCAUCGCCCUGGAGAAGAUUGCCUUCAUCCCCUUCAGCUACCUGAUAGACCUGUUUCGUUGGAAGAUCUUUGAUGGCACUAUUCCGAAGAACUUCUACAACCAGGAGUGGUGGAAUCUCAGGUUGAAGUACCAAGGCCUGUGCCCACCUGUCCCUCGGUCAGAAGAUGAUUUUGACCCAGGAGCCAAGUUUCACAUUGCUGCCAAUGUGCCCUACAUCCGGUACUUUCUCAGCCUAGUACUGCAGUUUCAACUUCAUGAAGUACUGUGCAGGGCCUCAGGCCACAUGGGUCCUUUGCACCGGUGCGACAUCUAUAACUCCAAGGUGGCGGGGAAGAUCUUGGGGGAUCUCCUGAAGCUGGGCUCCAGCCGGCCCUGGCAGGAGGUCCUAAAGGAGAUGACUGGAGAGGCCAAAAUAUCCACCAAGGCCCUCUUGACCUACUUCAAGCCGCUGCUGAACUGGUUGGUGACUGAGAACGUGAAGCAAGGGGACAUCCUUGGCUGGCCAGACUUCAGCUGCUCUUUUGAAGAAAAAAUUGCAAACAAAGUGUCGUUUCUGGGGACGGAGAUAGAGCCUGACCAGGCAUACCUGGGGCAGUGGGUGCUGCUGAGCAUAAGUUUCAUCAUGUUCUUCCUCAUCCUGGCACUGGGCUUCAGGCUGUACUACUUGGAAAAACAGUCACUGGACAAAGACAGUGUGAUACUUAGCACCCUGCCCUACACUUACUUCCUGGGCAUAGCCAUGGAGCCCCGGCAGGCAGCCCGGAAACAGUGGCUCCUGCUGGGCCUCUGCUUCAUCCUUAUGCUGUGCUGUAUUGGCCUGCUCAUUCGGAUAGUCAUACAACAUACCAGGAAGCCUCCAUGGAUGAAAGGCGAAUGA